UCGGGGGGCGCGUAAGUCACAUUAGGGAAGAGGUUGGUCACCACUGGCUACGCUCCUCCAGCAGCGAGCACUUCAAAUGUGCGGCGCACUCGGCUCUCUCCAUACCGCAAACAUUAACAGAGCUUUUUGGAAAGACCUUUCCUGUUGUUCGCUGUCGUCCGUCACCUCAGACACCUAACUGCAAAUGACGGAGAUAGAUCAAGUACAGAAGAACUUCUCCUGCCGUAUAUCAUGCGACCUGGGAUGGAACAUGGUUUGUCUGAGACAGUUCUCGCGGAGCUGAAACCUCGUUGAAUAACCUGGAACUCUGUUUUCGUUCAUUAUGGAUAAGAAUGCGCUGACGGGGGUUAAAGUUUUUGUUCUGGGUAUUCUCGUUAACACCUUGAUGACCAGCGCCCUCUCAGAGACGGAGGGCUUGGAGCUGGGCUUCACUCGCCGGCCGCUGGUCUUGUGUAACGAGACGCGUCUGCUGCAGGAGAUGGAGGUGUGCGGAGACGUGUUCACGAGGCAGAUGACCCACGUGGACGCACAGCACUGGUGCAACCUCACACACUUCCUCAGUGAGUACCACCUGUUCUCCUCGUGUACGGAGAAGAACUCGGAGCGCAUCGGCUGCUUCUGGCCCAACCCGCUGGUGGAGGGCUUCAUCAUCCGCGUCCACAGGCGCUUCUUCGCCAACUGCACGGUGGAGCGGGUGGUGUGGGCGGACCCGUCGGACGACCUGCUGGCCGCGCUCAUCCUGGUGCCCAUCCUGCUCACGCUCGCCAUGAUCGCCCUCGUCGUCUGGUGCAGCAAGCGCAGCGACAUCCUGGCCUAGAGACGCCACCCGCCCACCCACCCACCCACCGGGCCGCCCGAUUGGCUGAGACGGGAAAGAAGCCGGGACUUUGGAACUGAAGACAUUCCUUUUGGUUGUCAUGAUUGGCUCAUUGAGGAGAAGACAUUCCUUUUGAUUGUCAUGAUUGGCUCAUUGAGGAGAAGACAUUCCUUGUUAUUGUCAUGAUUGGCUCAUUAAGGAGAAGACAUUCCUUAUUAUUGUCAUGAUUGGCUACUGCUUGACAUGGGACAUUCCACACCACAUGAUCGGGAAUGGGACCUGUUGCUAUGUGGCCACAGCGUGCUAUUCUGACUUUAGCAUCACCAUGGCAAUCUGGUCCCAUGAGCCCACACCUUGAGCCCAGCACUCACCUGUAUCAUCCUCACAGCCCAUCAUGAUGUUACCUUGGUUACCUGUAUCAACCUCACCCCCAUCAUGAUGUUACCUUGGUUACCUGUAUCAUCCUCACACACCCAUCAUGAUGUUACCUUGGUUACCUGUAUCAACCUCACCCCCAUCAUGAUGUUACCUUGGUUACCUGUAUCAUCCUCACACACCCAUCAUGAUGUUACCUUGGUUACCUGUAUCAACCUCACACCCAUCAUGAUGUUACCUUGGUUACCUGUAUCUUCCUCACACCCAUCAUGAUGUUACCCUGGUUACCUGUAUCAUCCUCACACAGCCAUCGUGAUGUUACCCUGGUUACCUGUAUCAUCCUCACACACCCAUCAUGAUGUUGCCCUGGUUACCUGUAUCAUCCUCACAUCCAUCAUGAUGUUACCCUGGUUACCUGUAUCAUCUUCACAUCCAUCAUGAUGUUGCCCUGGUUACCUGACCCUUGAGUACUCACCUGUAGCAUCCUCACACGUCCACCAUGGACUCCUCCCCCACACAUUCCAUUGUAUGGUGUACAGGUAUGGAGGCCCAGGAGGACCAAAAUAGUGGAUUUGUAUGAUUGGUAACAAGUGUCCCUCUGCAGGGGGAGGGACAUUGGUUCUCUGUUGUGUGGAGAUGUGUAAUGAUGCCCAAUGGAACCCUUUGAAGACGGCUGUGGCCAGGAUUCCUCCCCCCUGAGGACCAAGCGAACACACUGUGGAAUUUCUCUCCUUUCCUCUCCCCUCCUCUCUCUGCUCUCCUCUUCCUCCUCUUUGGCGUACAAAGUCAUUCAUCAAUUCCCUGGGGAAAGGCCCUGGAUAAUGAAUAUGCCAAACACUGCAGUCGCUCCACAGAGGAGUUCUCAAGGAGACUUUCCCCUUACCAUGACAACACACUGACAGAGUGGACACACUCAGAAACGCUGGCCUACUGUAACACACACACACACACACACACACACACACACACACACACACACACACACACACACACACACAGCCACACAGCACUCACACAAACACACACACUUCUCAUCGUGGGAUUGACCAUGGGACUGGACAGGCCUGUGUCCUGUUGAGUUUUCGUUUAGCCUUUUCCCUCUUUGGCUGACGUGACGCUGUUCUGCUGAUGCUGAGCUUGCUGUGUGCCAAAACGCAGAUCCCUGCAAAGCUGCCCUCGCUCGUGCGUCCUGUCGCUGUGGAUGCCAUUAGUGACUGCGUGCCAAAUGUUCCGCUGGGAUCCCUUGACGGGCCGUUUUGUUGAUCCCAACAGUAAUUUCAUUUCGCCUGCUUAAUUGUCUCUGUGGAGGUGUGAACACGAAUCACUGUCAGGACUCAACCCAGAGCACAACCCAGAGCAGAAGAUUUAUCUCCUUGCUGGGGUGGGAGGGGAUGCGGGGUCCCUGUACUGUACUGCUAAUUUAAUGUCUGAAUUAAACCACUUAGAUAUAGAGUUGUCAUGGAGACACCACUGUUGUACUUAUUGGACUGAUGACAGCUGAGCCACUUUGUAUACUAUGUACCCCCUCUUCCACCUCAGCCUAUACCCCCCCUCCACCUCAGCCCCCCCCCCCCACCUCAGCCUAUACCCUGACCAUCUGCCCCCCCAGCCUAUACCCUGACCAUCUGCCCCCCCCCCCAGCUUAUACCCUGACCAUCUGCCUCCCUCCACAAUAGACUAUACCCUGACCAUCUACCCCCACAGCCUAUAUCCUGAUCAUACCCCCCCCCCCCCCAGCCUAUACCCUGAUGAUCUGCCCAGACUCAUGUCAAAUGAGGCAUUAAAUAACAGCACUUCAG